AUGUAUCGCCGGCCAGUCUGCAGGCUAUCGCGUCGGGCUGAGUGGUCGAAUUCAGCCUACCGAACACCCACUCUAACAUCUCUCACACUUCGACGGACCUUACAGUUGUCCGCGACGCGUUGGAACUCGUCAGAUCCAUCGAACGGGAAUGAUGAUGGCACUGAUUCAAAUACAGCGCCGGCGAAGCCCAAAUUCGGCAACCGAUGGGGCUCUAAACAAACUACGCCAUCGGCAUCGACAUCAGCAUCGACGGGCUUAAGUUUCGCAGAACAAGCGAUGCGCCAAACCCUUGUUGCCAAUAAGGAAACCGCACGCGCGGCGCGUGCCCCUCGGGAUAAUCAAGAUGGCUACAUGAUGGGAUCAAGAGAAACCCCACGGAACCCGGGGAGAAACCCGUCCACUCGAGAGAAGAAUCCCUUUAAAGAGGAGCGCUCAGGUGGCUUCAUGACGUGGUCCAAAGGAACCUCACGGAAUCAGGAAAGGACCCCAUCCACUCAAGAGCAGAACCCAUUCAAAGAGGAGAAUGCAGGUAGCUUCAUGAGGUGGUCCAAAGGAACCUCACGGAAUCAGGAGAAGAGCCCAUCCACCCAAGAGCAGAACCCGUUCAAAGAAGAGAAUGCAAGCUUCAUGAGGCGACCCAAAGGAACCUCACGGAAUCAGCAGAGAAAUCCGUCUAACCGAGGAACAAAACCGGCAUUCGAAGAAGAAAACCCAUUCGCCCCCCAGCCAAAGUUCCGAAUAACCAGAGAGUAUAGCGAUUCUCCCGGACCUUCACAGUCCAGACAGUCCCGAUCCCCUUCUGAGUACACUAGAAAGUUCCAGCAAUUAGGGGAUUCAGUUUUGUCUGAGUUGGAACAAGACGUCCAGCCGAGCGCAACGGAAACAACAGGGCGCCUUUCAAAGGAAUCUGACCGACCCCAAACAAAGGAGGAAAUAGAAGAGUUCAAGAAGAACCAAUGGUCUUGGGAUAUGUCUGCACUGGAGCAGCUAGAAAAAUUAGAGGCACAGGAACAGCCGCCGCCGAAGCCUAUGAAGCGCCGUGAUGGACGCAAGGGACGUCAGAGUGGGUCUGAUGAGGCCGACUUUGACUCGGAACAUCGCGAGCGCCUCCGCGUAGAGCGCAGACGGCAGCAGGAAGAAAAGGACGCCCAAAGGGCUGCAAAGAAGGCUGCCACGCCGGCAGCACCAGUUCCUCUUUACCUGCCCGAAUUCAUCAGUGUUAGCAACCUAGCCGAUGUCGUUGGCGUGCGGCCGGCGCAGUUUGUGCAGCGAAUGGAGGAGAUGGGCUUUGAGGAAAUCACGUACAGGGAUAUUCUCGAUGCAGAAACUGCCGGGUUGGUAGCAGCCGAAUUCAACUACGAGGCCAUCUUCGACAGCGGCAAGGCAGAUCUAUAUGCUGCUCCUGAACUAGAGGACACAUCUGAUCUGCCAUCUCGGCCACCUGUGGUCACCAUUAUGGGUCACGUUGAUCACGGCAAGACUACAAUCUUGGAUUGGCUGCGCAAUUCAUCUGUGGCGGCUUCUGAACAUGGUGGUAUCACCCAGCAUAUUGGUGCAUUCUCCGUAAUGAUGCCUUCCGGGAAAGCCAUUACCUUCCUUGAUACCCCUGGCCAUUCUGCAUUCUUGGAAAUGCGUCGCCGAGGCGCCGACGUGACCGACAUUGUGGUGCUUGUGGUUGCCGCGGAUGACAGUGUCAAGCCGCAAACUAUCGAGGCCAUUAAGCACGCUACCCAAGCCAAGGUUCCCGUCAUUGUCGCCAUCAGCAAAAUUGACAAGGAGGGAGGCAAUCCUGAUCGAGUUAAGGGUGACCUUUCUAUUCAUGGUAUCCAUGUGGAGGACUAUGGAGGUGACGUUCAGGCCAUCGGUGUCAGCGGCAAAACCGGACAAGGAAUGGUUGAACUGGAAGAAGCCAUCGUCGCUCUCUCGGAAUUGCUUGACCACCGUGCAGCUACCACCUGCAACGUUGAAGGCUGGGUCAUUGAGGCCUCUACAAAGUCUUAUGGCCGUGUAGCAUCCGUUCUAAUUCGACGUGGAACACUGCGGCCAGGCGAUAUCAUUGUUGCCGGUACCGCGUGGGCUCGUGUCCGCACCCUCCGCAAUGAAGCCGGUGUAACUAUCAGUGAAGCCACGCCUGGAAUGCCCGUCGAAAUCGAUGGUUGGAGAGAACAGCCAGGUGCUGGCACCGAGCUCCUACAGGCACCAACCGAGCAGAAAGCCAAGGACGUUGUGGAUUACCGCUUGGAGAAGUCUGAUACCCAGAAGAUGGGUGUCGAUGUCGUUGCCAUCAAUGAGGCUCGUCGUGAACUUGUUGAGAAGCGUAGGCGCGAGAAGGAAGAGGAAGAAACAACGGAUGAAGUCAAACCAACAGGUCCCAAGUCUGUCAAUUUCGUCCUGAAAGGCGAUGUGGACGGUUCCGUGGAGGCGGUCUUGAACUCCGUUGCGGCAGUUGGUACCAACGAAGUCUUUGCCAAUAUCAUCCGUUCGGGAGUUGGCCCUAUCAGUGAAUUCGAUAUCGAACACGCUGGCAGUGCCAACGGCAAGAUUAUCUCGUUCAACCAGGCCAUCGAACCUAAUAUCAUGCGUAUUGCGGAGACCCAGGGCGUCGAUAUUCUGGAUCACAACAUCAUUUACAAACUCAUUGAUGACAUCAAAGCCAUUCUCAGUGAAAAGCUACCCCCAUCAGUCACUACGCGCGUGACUGGAGAAGCCGAGAUCCAGCAGGUGUUUGAGAUUACUGUCAAGGGACGUGAAAAGACCGCUAUUGCUGGAAGUCGUGUGCGUAACGGUCUGAUCAACAAAACUCGCAAGGUCAGGGUGCUCCGCGGGGAGGAAAUAGUCUAUGAUGGCACAAUGGUUUCCCUCAAGAACGUCAAGAAAGACGUCACCGAAAUGCGCAAAGACACAGAAUGUGGUAUCGCUUUCGAAAACUGGACAGAUUUCGCACCUGGUGACCAUGUUCAGUGCUACGAAGAGAUCUCCGAGAAGCGCUAUCUGUGA